GCGAAGCCGGCGCGCCCGGUGUCGGCCUCCACCUCCAGGUCCAGGAAGUCAUUAUGUGACUAACACAUUUUCAGAUUUCCUCUCAUUUACCCUGAAGUGUAUAUGAGAAUGACGUGCACUGCCAAGAAAUGUGGAAUUAGGCUUCAGCCUCCAGCUAUUAUCCUAAUCUAUGAGAAUGAAAUGAAAGGGAAAAGUCGCCAGCGCAUCAUGCCUGUCCGAAACUUUUCAAAAUUUUCAGAUUGCAACAGAGCUGCUGAACAAUUAAAGAAUAAUCCACGACACAAGAGUUACCUGGAACAAGUGUCCCUGAGACAGCUUGAGAAAUUAUUCUGUUUUUUACGAGGUAACUUGCGGGGGCAGAGUUUGGCAGAAACAAUGGAACAGAUUCAACGGGAAACAACCAUUGAUCCUGAGGAAGACCUGAACAAGCUAGAUGACAAGGAGCUUGCCAAAAGGAAGAGCAUCAUGGAUGAACUUUUUGAGAAAAAUCAGAAGAAGAAGGAUGAUCCAAAUUUUGUUUAUGACAUAGAAGUAGAGUUCCCACAGGAUGAACAACUGCUGUCCUGUGGCUGGGACACAGAGUCAGCUGACGAGUUCUGAUAUCAAAAACAAAAAUUUACUGGGCUAGCAGAAACUCCAUGUUCAUACAGAGAUUGUAGAUUAGUCCUAGAAAAAUCUGUGAAGAACACUAAAUGUACACAUCAGGUCAUAUUUGGAUUGACCGUGUUACUUUUCAAAAACAGGACAUGUAGGUGCAUUGACCCAUACACAAAAAAAGACUUCGGGUUUGAUUCCUGGUCAGGGCACAUACUAAGGUUGGUGGUUUGAUCCCCGAUUGGGGCACAUACAGGAGGCAACCGAUUGAUGUUAGAGUCUCUC